AGCUUAACCGGUCCCUGAGUGCGCAGGCGUGCCUGCCUUGGCUAGCCAGGCCUGAGGGCUGUCUCCGACGGGUGUUCGCAGGGGUCCAGGAGCCAGGGUCUACAGACCUGGGCCCUGCCAGCGCCAUGGGCAGCGGCUGCCGCAUCGAAUGCAUAUUCUUCAGCGAGUUCCACCCCACGCUGGGACCCAAGAUCACCUAUCAGGUCCCUGAAGACUUCAUCUCCCGAGAGCUGUUUGACACAGUCCAGGUGUACAUCAUCACCAAGCCAGAGCUGCAGAACAAGCUUAUCACUGUCACAGCCAUGGAGAAGAAACUGAUCGGCUGCCCCGUGUGCAUUGAACACAAGAAGUACAGCCGCAAUGCCCUGCUUUUCAACCUAGGCUUCGUGUGUGAUGCCCAGGCCAAGACCUGUGCCCUCGAGCCCAUCGUCAAAAAGCUGGCUGGCUACCUGACCACACUGGAGCUAGAGAGCAGCUUCGUGUCAACAGAGGAGAGCAAGCAGAAGUUGGUGCCCAUCAUGACCAUCUUGCUGGAGGAGCUAAAUGCCUCAGGCCGGUGCACUCUGCCCAUCGAUGAGUCCAACACCAUCCACUUGAAGGUGAUUGAGCAGCGACCUGACCCUCCUGUGGCCCAGGAGUAUGAUGUGCCUGUCUUUACCAAGGAUAAGGAGGAUUUCUUCAACUCACAGUGGGACCUUACCACACAACAGAUCCUGCCCUAUAUUGAUGGCUUCCGCCAUGUCCAGAAGAUCUCAGCCGAGGCAGAUGUGGAACUCAACCUGGUGCGCAUCGCCAUCCAGAACUUGCUGUAUUAUGGCGUCGUGACACUGGUGUCCAUCCUCCAGUAUUCCAAUGUGUACUGCCCGACACCCAAGGUCCAGGACCUCGUAGAUGACAAGUCCCUGCAAGAGGCCUGUUUAUCCUAUGUGACCAAACAAGGGCACAAGAGGGCCAGUCUCCGCGAUGUGUUCCAGCUGUACUGCAGCCUGAGCCCUGGCACAACUGUGAGAGACCUCAUUGGCCGCCACCCCCAGCAGCUGCAGCGCGUUGAUGAACGGAAGCUGAUCCAGUUCGGGCUAAUGAAGAACCUCAUCCGCCGACUACAGAAGUACCCCGUGCGGGUGUCUCGGGAGGAGCGGAGCCACCCUGCCCGGCUUUACACAGGCUGCCACAGCUAUGAUGAGAUCUGCUGCAAGACAGGCAUGAGCUACCACGAACUUGAUGAACGGCUGGAAAAUGACCCCAACAUCAUCAUCUGUUGGAAAUGAGGCUGGUGGGGGUUACACGCGGCUGUGGCUGCUCUCACUCCUUCUAAGUGCUCCCGGGUGCAUGAGGGCUAGACCGGUAAACUCGUCCAUAUUGUCUCAAGGGUGACCCUCACUUCUGUAAAUAAAAUCAUCCAUUUCAACCUA